AUGGCUGGCACUGUCAAGUACGUUGAAUGGAAGCCUUCUUUCUUUCAGACCACCAUAUCGGACGUGGAAUUAGACGGCGAAAAACACCGAGUAUGGCUGUGGGACACCUCUGCUCAAGAAUACUAUACGGACCUACGCCCGUUAUCGUAUUCUCAAAGUCAUGUUCUGGCUAUUUGCUACUCUGUAGAUAAUCCAAAUAGCCUCACACACACGGAGCAGAGAUGGGUGCCGGAGGUUUGUCACUUUUCCCCUAGAACCCCGUUCAUUCUUGUCGGUUGCAAGCUAGAUAGGAGAGAAGUUAUGGAACAGACCGGGAUGGAAUUCGUCUCGAAGGAGCAGGGCGCUAGUAUGGCAGAGAGAAUUGGGGCUAAAGCAUAUGUGGAGUGCACCUCAAUGACUGGAGAGGGGAUCACCGAGACCCGAAAGACCUGGGAGGAAUCGUACCAAGCUGCCAUGCGUACCAUUCUGAGCCUAAACGAAGUCGACUAUAUGGACAUCGCUCGAUUCGAAUUAGGUAUCAAUUUCCAAUAUUAUCCUGUAACAUUGUCGAAUGAAUAUAUUCGAAUGCUAAUUGUAAUUUUACGCGUAUCAAUGAAAUUGUCCACUCCUCAAAGCGCCCCACUUGACUCCCACCACCACAUGCCUAGGCCUUUGCAGAGAAAGCUAGUAGCAGUCGGUGAUGAAGGCGUUGGGAAGUCAUACCUCUUGGCUACUUUCCGGCUCGGCUAUUUUUCCCAAGGUCAGUACUCCUCCAUAUCCUACUUGUCGAAUUUAAAGAAAAUUAUAUGCACUGAUAGAAUUUACACCAAGGAAUACUUACGUGCCCUCAUGGGGAACUAUGUUGCGAACAUUAAUGUGGAGGAAAAGGUUGUCCAACUUGCUCUCUGGGAAGCAAGCGGGCAUAAAUACGAUCACCUACAGGGGUUUUCGUAUUCAGAUACGCAUGUAGUUCUCAUAUGCUUCUCGGUGGAAGAUUUCAUGACGGAUCUCAGAGGAGAUAAUAAGUAUGAGCUACAGUUGACAGGUCAUGGUAAAAAGUGCGUCUCUAGGAAGGAAGGAGAGCAAAUGGCCAAACGGAUGGGAGCCAGCGCGUAUUUAGAGUGCAGCGCCAAAGACGAGGAAG